CUCACACUGGUGGUGAUGUCUCUGGAGAGAUAUGUAGCUGUGUGCUACCCACUGAGGCACGCUAGCAUUGUCACCAUCAGAAACACAGCAGUGGCUAUCAUUGUGGUUUGGGCCUUCAGUUCACUAAAUGUCCUCAUUCGAGUUGUUUUGCUGUUAGAUUUUCCAUUUUCAGACCUGGAGAGUCUGCAGAUGAAAGACUUUUGCUCUGACAUAGCAAUGUUUCUUAACCCAAUGUCUGAUAUUUAUGACAAUGCCUUUCAGUGCAUAAUAUGCUUCAUAUCGAUGUUCCCGUUUAUUACCUUCCCCUAUAUCGGUGUUUGAUGAUAGCAGCCAAGGCAGACCUCCACAGACAACUUCAGCCAGUACGGCUCGAACACACUGCUGCUGCAUUUGGUGCAGCUCGGCCUCACUCUUUUGUCAACUAUACAAAACCCACUGCUCAUAGCUAUCUCACAAAUUGUAACAAGAAUAGUAAUUGUGCGUAUACAGAUUAGUUUGCAUGUGUGUAUUUUCCUUUUCCCAAGAUGUCUGAGUGCUUUCAUCUAUGGCCUCAGAGACCAGACCAUCAGACCCGUCCUCAUGUUCAAUCUUUGCUGUCGACUGAAACGCUCCGUCAUCCCAGCAGAAGCUGAGAAGUCGAGCUUGGUUAAGUUUUCAGGGAGACCUACAUUAGUCACAAUAUCUGGCUUCAGUGGUUGA